AUUACAGGUUCGAUUAAACGCAAGCGUAUGGGAAAACAUCACUUGCUUCAACCCUUCAUUAGACAACUUCCGCAUCGGUCAUUAUUAAUGCAAAAUUUUCCUAUUCGCGAGUCACUUUAUUUCACUUAGAGUUAAUAAAGCUGCGCUACAGCAAACAUCGAUAUGAAACAUUCAGUCAACAGACAGGGAUUCAAAGUAACGCCGGAAGCGGCUAUUGAAUUUACCAAGACAUCGGUACUCUUGACUUACAUAUGGUCACCUCCAAGUGCAAAGAAGGUGCGAUUUAUGUUAUUUAAAAUAUUUAUGUACACAUCAGUAUUUUUUUCAGUAAUUUUUAUCUUAUCUCUGGUACUGUCAAUCAUAAAAUACUUUGACAAUUUACUCAUAGUAAUGAAAUCAAUGGCUGUUUUAUGUGGAGUAACAAAUUUCCUGGCCAAAGUAAUAAUUGUCAGAAUAUACUGCAAAGAAUUUGAGCAAAUAGAGUUGACUUUAAACGAUUUCGUGAAAAACGCCAAUGAAAGUGAAAGAGUUAUUUUACAAAAAUAUGUCAACAAGUGCUGGAAGUUCCAAUUUUUUGUGACCUGCGGGAGUUAUGUGACAACGACCUUAAUAAUGUUGGGACCUCUAGUGUUGCCACAAAAAUUUCCUACCGAUGCAGUAUAUCCAUUUCCGGUGGAAAAUAAAAUCGUUUCAUGUAUUGUGUACUUGCAUCAGUCCAUUAUUGGCUACCAUUGUUCAGCGGCAAUAAUUUUAGACUGUCAAAUGGCGCUGUUUCUCUGGUACUUGUGUGCCAGAUUUGAAUCAUUAGGAUUAGAAAUAAAAAAUGUCACAAAUUAUCAGGAAUUGCGUUACAUAAUCAGGAAGCAUCAAUCACUACUUGUAUAUGCUGAAAAGGUGACGCGGCCAAUUCAUGCAGUGGUGUUUUCUACGGUCACAAUAACAAAAUUUAUCAUGAUUUGUGGUGCAUUUUUCCUGCUAUCGGACGAACCCAUAGCUGGGAAAAUUCAGUUCGGGAUAAUGGUAGUGAGUACCACGUUGAAUAUUUACACUUCUAUUUGGCCAGCGGACUGUUUGCUGGACAUUUCAAGCAAAUUUAUAACAAAUGAAAUAUUUGAUAUGUGUUGGACAUGGACACAGCAAAUGAGGAAAUUAUGUCUUCUUCUUAUUCGUAGAACGCAACGACCUGUUGUGAUAAAAAUUCCAGGUCUUCUAGAGACUCUUUCAAAUCAAUAUUAUUCAUCAUUUCUUUCUGCAGCAGUUUCUAGUUUUACAGCACUCCGAGUUAUCGUAAAUUCGUAAAAUUGUUUUCAUUCUGAUAUCAUAUUAAAUACACUGGAAAAAACUUACGGAGUGACCGCAGAUUAAAUCCGAAGUGAAAGCGGACCUGAUGACUGUUUGUUUAUUCAAUUCCCUCGGAGUAAAACUCAUUUCGAAGAGGAGUUUAUUUUAAUACUGAAACUCUGAAUUGGAGUAAAUGCGGAUUUUAAAAAAAAUCCAGAUCACUCCCAAAUCACUGCACUGAAAAUCAAAACUCACCAAUUACUCCGCGUGUACAAUGAUUUUUUUUCAAACUCCGGAAAUCCGAGUGACGGAGUGAAUUCGGAUUGAAAUACAAUAAUCCGCGAUUACUCCAAAUUCACUCUCAAUUUUUUACAAUGUAGAUUUAUUUGUAAAAUCAAAAAAAGUAGCAAAAAUAAUA